AAUGGCGCCGGAGCCGGAAGCAGUUCCUGAGCUGGCGUCCGGGCAGGCUGUGCCCUCUGGCUCUGAGGCAGCCCUGGACACCCUGCUGCGGACCCUCUACGACCUGGAGACAGAGGCUGAAACAGAACAGAAAAGAGUCAGAAAGAAGAGAGAAAACAAGAAGAGAGACGUGGAGGCUGCAGCCUUCAAGGUAGCAGAGCCAGCUCCACUACCAGGCUGUCUUGUGAGACACCAGAAGAAGAGAGCAUCCAGCUUUUUUGAGGAACUCAGAGAAGAGCUGCACUGUGCUGCUGUCACUCCCCCUGCUCCCCCGUCAGGACCCGAAGCCCCUGCCACAGUAUUGUCUUCUACCUUCAAGAACAACAGGGAGCGAGUAGAAGUGGUAGAAUUUUACAGCAAAAGUAAAAACAGGAAAUUGAAGCCAGAUCAAGAUGAGCACACAAAGACUAAAACUAGUAUCCCUGAGAAAGAUGUGGCUAUUCAAGAAUUUAAUCUAGAAAAGGCGCGUUUGGAAGUACACCGCUUUGGCAUCAGCUAUGGGAAAGGAAAGGAAAGAGUCCUGGAGCAGGAGCGUGCUAUCAUGCUGGGUGCUAAGCCUCCCAAAAAUAGGUACGUGAAUUAUAAGGUUUUACAGCAGCAAAUCAAAGAAAAAAGGGCAGCAAAGAAAGAGGAAAAGAGAGAGAUCCAGGAUAUGGAUAUUUUCAAGAAAAAGAAGAGGAAAGGGCAGGAAGACAGGAAAUCCAAGAAGAAGAAGUCGGCCCCCAGCAUCUUGUCAAGUGGACGGAUUGGACAGGUUGGAAAAUUCAAAAAUGGGGCAUUGGUUCUGAGCCCAGCUGAUGUCAAGAAAAUAAAUUCUUCCCGAGUGGCCAAAUGACACAAGGAGUGGGCACAAGUGGCUGACUUCAGUCUGUUUCCCACUCUGCCUUUUCAUUUGAGGAAGAAAGCCAACACUUCACUCCUCGCCACCCACGUGUGUGGCGGGCACCAUCCUGUCCUGGCUGCUAUGUUGGUGUGCUUGCUGGCAGUACAGCUUUUGUAACUUGUCUCGUAAGUGCUGAGAAUAACAUUAACUUGCCUUUACAAGUUUUUAAUAACUUAAUGUUACCUUGUUAUGAAAGAACCAAGAACUUAGUAAUUUGUCAGCUGCAUUGUGGAAAAGCAAUUUUAAUUUUCAGCUUGCUGUGUGUAUAAAAUCUAAUUUGUAAGAAACUAUAUAAAUA